CUAAAAACCCUAUCACUCACUCUCGUUUCCAAAACCAUUUCCCUUUAUCCACCAACCAAAAUCCAGAACCUCCUCGUUUCCUCCGGUCUCACAAAAAAAUGGCGUCCGCAAACGUUCUCUCCUCCGCCUCCGUCCUCUGCUCUUCACGCCAGGGAAAGCUCAGUGGAGGAAACCAGCAGAAAGGUCAAAGAGUUAGCUACAGGAAAGCAAGCAGCCGUUUCAGCGUUAGAGCUAAUGUAAAAGAGAUCUCUUUCGACCAGAGCUCAAGAGCUGCUCUUCAAGCUGGUAUUGACAAGCUUGCUGAUGCCGUUGGUCUUACCCUUGGCCCUAGAGGGAGAAAUGUUGUGUUGGAUGAGUUUGGAAGUCCCAAGGUCGUGAAUGAUGGAGUCACCAUUGCUAGGGCCAUUGAGUUACCUGACGCUAUGGAGAAUGCUGGUGCAGCACUUAUCCGUGAGGUUGCUAGUAAGACUAAUGACUCAGCUGGUGACGGCACAACCACUGCCUCCGUCCUUGCUCGGGAGAUAAUCAAACACGGCUUACUAAGCGUCACUUCCGGUGCCAAUCCAGUCUCACUCAAGAGAGGAAUCGAUAAGACCGUUCAAGCUUUGAUCGAAGAGCUCGAGAAGAGGGCUAGACCUGUCAAAGGCGGUAGUGACAUCAAAGCCGUGGCUACAAUCUCUGCUGGAAAUGAUGAGCUUGUGGGAACAAUGAUUGCUGAUGCCAUUGAUAAAGUUGGACCUGAUGGUGUUUUGUCCAUUGAAUCUUCUUCCUCCUUUGAGACUACCGUCGAAGUUGAAGAAGGAAUGGAGAUUGAUAGAGGUUACAUCUCACCACAGUUUGUUACAAACCCUGAGAAGCUCCUAGUCGAGUUCGAGAACGCGCGCGUGCUGAUCACCGAUCAGAAGAUCACUGCGAUCAAAGACAUCAUCCCGAUCCUGGAGAAAACCACUCAGCUCCGAGCUCCGUUGUUCAUCAUCGCGGAGGAUGUCACCGGCGAGGCCCUGGCGACCCUCGUCGUGAACAAACUCCGCAGCGUGCUCAACGUGGUCGCCGUCAAGGCUCCAGGGUUUGGUGAAAGAAGAAAAGCUAUGCUUCAGGACAUUGCCAUCUUGACGGGGGCCGAGUACCAGGCCCUCGACAUGGGCCUUCUGGUGGAGAACACGACCAUAGAUCAGUUGGGGAUCGCUAGGAAAGUCACUAUUAGCAAAGACUCGACCACGCUUAUAGCUGAUGCGGCUUCCAAGGACGAGCUGCAAGCUCGUAUCUCCCAGCUUAAGAAGGAGCUGUCAGAGACUGACUCCGUGUACGACUCGGAGAAGCUCGCCGAGAGAAUCGCCAAGCUCUCAGGCGGUGUUGCCGUUAUUAAAGUCGGAGCGGCGACUGAGACUGAGCUCGAGGACCGUAAGCUUCGUAUCGAGGACGCGAAGAACGCUACAUUUGCUGCAAUCGAAGAAGGGAUAGUUCCUGGCGGCGGUGCCACGCUGGUGCAUCUAUCAACUGUGAUUCCUGCUAUUAAGGAGAAGCUUGAGGAUGCUGAUGAGCGUUUGGGAGCCGACAUAGUACAGAAGGCUUUGGUGGCACCAGCUGCGCUUAUUGCACAGAACGCUGGAAUAGAAGGAGAAGUUGUUGUGGAGAAGAUUAUGUUCAGCGAAUGGGAGAUAGGGUACAACGCCAUGACUGAUACAUAUGAGAAUCUGUUGGAAGCUGGAGUGAUUGAUCCAGCUAAAGUGACGAGAUGUGCGCUUCAGAACGCUGCUUCGGUUGCGGGGAUGGUGCUGACCACUCAGGCCAUUGUUGUCGACAAACCGAAACCUAAGGCUCCUACUGCUGCUCCUCCUCAGGGUCUCAUGGUGUAAUGAAAUCACUUUAUCAUAUGGCUAUAUUUGUUGUCCCCAAUUAUGUCUGCAAUAUUUUUCUCUGGGGAAAUGAGUAUUUUGUUUAACGGUAAUGAGAAUAUCAUCUUUUUGAUUUAUGAUUUGCAAAAUAAAAGUUUAUAUUCAAUAUCUA